UCAAUAUGUCAACAAGGGAACAUUAUUCAGCAGCUUUCAUUGGACUCUAUGAAGCUGAGGGAGUUCAUUCUAUAUAGAGGGGGUGGAAUUCAAUAUGUUAACAAGGGAACAUUAUUCAGCAGCUUUCAUUGGACUCUAUGAAGCUGAGGGAGUUCAUUCUAUAUAGAGGGUGUGGAAUUCAAUAUGUUAACAAGGGAACAUUAUUCAGCAGCUUUCAUUGGACUCUAUGAAGCUGAGGGAGUUCAUUCUAUAUAGAGGGGGUGGAAUUCAAUAUGUUAACAAGGGAACAUUAUUCAGCAGCUUUCACUGGACUCUAUGAAGCUGAGGGAGUUCAUUCUAUAUAGAGGGUGUGGAAUUCAAUAUGUUAACAAGGGAACAUUAUUCAGCAGCUUUCAUUGGACUCUAUGAAGCUGAGGGAGUUCAUUCUAUAUAGAGGGGGUGGAAUUCAAUAUGUUAACAAGGGAACAUUAUUCAGCAGCUUUCAUUGGACUCUAUGAAGCUGAGGGAGUUCAUUCUAUAUAGAGGGGGUGGAAUUCAAUAUGUUAACAAGGGAACAUUAUUCAGCAGCUUUCAUUGGACUCUGUGAAGCUGAGGGAGUUCAUUCUAUAUAGAGGGGGUGGAAUUCAAUAUGUUAACAAGGGAACAUUAUUCAGCAGCUUUCAUUGGACUCUAUGAAGCUGAGGGAGUUCAUUCUAUAUAGAGGGUGUGUGAUUCAAUAUGUUAACAAGGGAACAUUAUUCAGCAGCUUUCAUUGGACUCUAUGAAGCUGAGGGAGUUCAUUCUAUAUAGAGGGGGUGGAAUUCAAUAUGUUAACAAGGGAACAUUAUUCAGCAGCUUUCAUUGGACUCUAUGAAGCUGAGGGAGUUCAUUCUAUAUAGAGGGCGAUGCCAGAGCUGGACAGUUAGGAACGUAACACAGUCCACCGAAAUUUAUAAACUCCUCUCAGCACCGGAAGCUGUUUUUAAAUUCAGAAGACGACAAGCAGAAUAAAGGAACGAGCGAAAAGGACUACCUUGUACCUUGACUUCUGAAGACAGUUACUGGAAAGGGAUGGGAGUGAGACUCCUGUAUUGCACAGCAGCUUGCAUCCCCUAGAAUUUCAGGACUGAGACAUAAUUAAAAGCCGGAAGCCAUAAUCGCAGUACAUCUUCCCAGCCCCAGGGGGCGCUCUAUUUUUCUCUCUUUCUCCGAUGAUUCCAGGAUGAAGCUCCACGAGAAACAGUUUGUGCGCCACGCGUCUGGCCACUCCCCCGUCGACAAGGAGGGUUUCCUGGGCAAGAAGGGGGAGACGCGGCCCACAUACCAGCGCCGAUGGUUUAGCCUGAGGGGCAACCUGCUGUUCUACUACGAGAAGAGGGGGGACCCCGGGCCCUUGGGGGUCAUCGUGCUGGAAGGCUGCUCGGUGCAGCUCUGUGAGUCUUCCGCGGGCGAUUUCGCCUUCGCCAUCGUCUUCCAGGGACCCGGGCUUCGCACUUACAAACUGACCGCGGAAGACCAGCAUGAGCAGGAGUCGUGGGUUAAAGCCUUGCUCUCUGCAAACUUUGGUUACCUGCAAAUGCUGCUUCUGGAUUUGGAGAGGAUAUACCAGGAAGUCAGCGGGGAUUCCAAGCCCCUGGUUUUGGGUCCUGCCCCAGGCCACGCCCUUCCGGGCAAAGAGGGGCGUGGCUACGCUGCUGGGCAGCUUCAGGCUCCUCCCCCCAGUGGAAAAUCCAAGAAGUCUCCCAAGCUGUGGCCCAAAAGACAUGCCCAGGUCUCGCCCACUUCGGCUGAGACCCCGCCCACUGUGGGCGUGGUCGCCGGGGUGGAGGAGUGGUCUGUGGUGGAUGACACGCCCCUGGAGUCUUUUGUAGUUUUACACGCACGGUAUGGGCUGGAGAUCGGAGAGGUGAGAGAGGAGUGGAGGAAAAAGAAAGAGGGAGGAGGAGAAAAUAACAAGCCUCUCCUGAUCGAUUUAGGCUAAAAAUAAAUACAAAAAAAUAUAUAUUAAUGAGCCUUUUCAUGCAUAAAAAUAUUUUUAAAAACAGCAGCAUUUUAUUUUACAUGAAAGGGUUAAAUAUAGAUUAUGAUGAUAUUAAUUUAUUAUAUAUGAUUAUCAUUUGUGUUUAUUUAAAAAGGCAUUUUGGCUCCAACGAAUUCAGAGGAGACGUAAAACUAAGGUCCUAUUGGAAGUGACUCUGCAGCAGCAGCAGCAGCAGUUGUUGAUGAUGCAGAGUUCACCCUCCUAGUCUCUGCAAGUCGUUUUGGAUAAAAAGCCUCUGCUAAAUGAUUCAUUCAUUUUGCUUCAACUGUUUAAUUUCGCUGUAUUCAAAGCUGCUUUAUUAGGAUCUGUCUGUCUCCCAGACUGGGUUUGGCAUUGGCAUGUUCUCCUGGUAUAUCCUGGCUCCCUUGAUUUACUCUGAGAGAAUGAAUAAUUUAAGCAUCGCUGAGGACCCAACAACAGCGAAUCCUGACUACCAGCACCGCUGUGAUCCCGUUCCUAUUGAGCAUGUGUGGGAUCCAGCACCGGGAAGGAGACUUAGGAAUUUAAAGGAGCGCUGACCAUCUUUAAAAUCCAUUCUCUCACCUCUUUAUUAGCUUUAUUAACAUGAUCACUGGCCCCUCCCUUUAAAGGAGCGCUGACCAUCUUUAAAAUCCAUUCUCUCACCUCUUAUUAGCUUUAUUAACAUGAUCACUGACCCCUCCCUUUAAAGGAGCGCUGACCAUCUUUAAAAUCCAUCCUCUCACCUCUUAUUAGCUUUAUUAACAUGAUCACCGGCCCCUCCCUUUAAAGGAGCGCUGACCAUCUUUAAAAUCCAUUCUCUCGCCUCUUAUUAGCUUUAUUAACAUGAUCACCGGCCCCUCCCUUUAAAGGAGCGCUGACCAUCUUUAAAAUCCAUUCUCUCACCUCUUAUUAGCUUUAUUAACAGGAUCACCGGCCCCUCCCUUUAAAGGAGCGCUGACCAUCUUUAAAAUCCAUUCUCUCAGCUCUUAUUAGCUUUAUUAACAUGAUCACCGGCCCCUCCCUUUAAAGGAGCGCUGACCAUCUUUAAAAUCCAUCCUCUCACCUCUUAUUAGCUUUAUUAACAUGAUCACCGGCCCCUCCCUUUAAAGGAGCGCUGACCAUCUUUAAAAUCCAUUCUCUCGCCUCUUAUUAGCUUUAUUAACAUGAUCACUGGCCCCUCCCUUUAAAGGAGCGCUGACCAUCUUUAAAAUCCAUUCUCUCGCCUCUUAUUAGCUUUAUUAACAUGAUCGCUGGCCCCUCCCUUUAAAGGAGCGCUGACCAUCUUUAAAAUCCAUUCUCUCAGCUCUUAUUAGCUUUAUUAACAUGAUCACCGGCCCCUCCCUUUAAAGGAGCGCUGACCAUCUUUAAAAUCCAUCCUCUCACCUCUUAUUAGCUUUAUUAACAUGAUCACCGGCCCCUCCCUUUAAAGGAGCGCUGACCAUCUUUAAAAUCCAUUCUCUCGCCUCUUAUUAGCUUUAUUAACAUGAUCACCGGCCCCUCCCUUUAAAGGAGCGCUGACCAUCUUUAAAAUCCAUUCUCUCACCUCUUAUUAGCUUUAUUAACAGGAUCACCGGCCCCUCCCUUUAAAGGAGCGCUGACCAUCUUUAAAAUCCAUUCUCUCACCUCUUAUUAGCUUUAUUAACAUGAUCACUGGCCCCUCCCUUUAAAGGAGCGCUGACCAUCUUUAAAAUCCAUUCUCUCACCUCUUAUUAGCUUUAUUAACAUGAUCACCGGCCCCUCCCUUUAAAGGAGCGCUGACCAUCUUUAAAAUCCAUUCUCUCACCUCUUAUUAGCUUUAUUAACAGGAUCACUGGCCCCUCCCUUUAAAGGAGCGCUGACCAUCUUUAAAAUCCAUUCUCUCACCUCUUAUUAGCUUUAUUAACAUGAUCACUGACCCCUCCCUUUAAAGGAGCGCUGACCAUCUUUAAAAUCCAUUCUCUCGCCUCUUUAUUAGCUUUAUUAACAUGAUCACUGGCCCCUCCCUUUAAAGGAGCGCUGACCAUCUUUAAAAUCCAUUCUCUCACCUCUUAUUAGCUUUAUUAACAGGAUCACCGGCCCCUCCCUUUAAAGGAGCGCUGACCAUCUUUAAAAUCCAUUCUCUCACCUCUUAUUAGCUUUAUUAACAUGAUCACCGGCCCCUCCCUUUAAAGGAGCGCUGACCAUCUUUAAAAUCCAUUCUCUCACCUCUUAUUAGCUUUAUUAACAUGAUCACUGACCCCUCCCUUUAAAGGAGCGCUGACCAUCUUUAAAAUCCAUUCUCUCGCCUCUUUAUUAGCUUUAUUAACAUGAUCACUGGCCCCUCCCUUUAAAGGAGCGCUGACCAUCUUUAAAAUCCAUUCUCUCGCCUCUGAUUAGCUUUAUUAACAGGAUCACUGGCCAUCUUUAAAAUCCAAGACAUUUUAAAUCAUAGCUUAGUUUGUUUCAAUAAAUUAAUAACUAUGCUUUCAAAUAGCUAGUCGACAGAGUGUCUAAAUUUUAUUUAGCAGCAUUAUGGGCAGAAUGAUGUAUUGGGAACUCUGGGUUGGAAGUAAAGACUCCGGUCGCACAGCAGUGUUAUCCAUUCCCUGGUUUCACUAGGAGUUUAGUAAUCAGACACACCUGAGCUUGUUAGCUAGACACACUGGGGGCUGAUCAAGCUGGUAGUAAAACCUGGAAUGGAUCACACUGCUGUGCAAUAGGAGUCUGAUUCCCAGCCCUGUGAUUUAAUGAUGAAUAUUAGUGUGUCAGGUUUGUUUUGGGUGUGAAAAAAUAAAUGUGAAAAUAAAGUUUUCAUGUAACGAG